AAUUAAGUUCUCAAACCAACCUCACCAGUCCCUCUGGGAAUCGGAUCGAUAAAAACGACGUAGUUGCGAGGCCCUUUCCAUCUCAAUACUUGCAGAGAGAGAGAAAGAAACAGCAAUGGCGAGCGGUGCAGAGCUGAAGUCGGAAAGCUUGCUGGAGCUGAUGAAAGAGCACCUGAAAACCGACGCCGGCAAAGAAAUCACCAAGAAAAUUGGAUUCGUGUAUCAGAUAAACAUCGCACCCAAGAAACUUGGAUUCGAUGAGGUGAUUUUUACUGUUGAUCUCAAGAAAGGCGAGGUCAAGAAAGGGGCAUAUGAAGGAGGGAAGCCAGAUGCGACUUUCUCGUUCAAGGAUGAAGAUUUCGUGAAGGUGGCCCUGGGGAAGAUGAACCCGCAAAUCGCUUUCAUGAGGGGGGCAAUGAAGGUCAAGGGCAGCCUGAGUGCCGCCACGAAAUUCACACCCGACAUUUUCCCCAAGCCUGCCAAGAUGUGAGAUUUGGGAUCUCAGACUUUAAUCCCCCUUUCUUCUUCUUGCUUGAUUUAAUGGAUUUAUGAAAUACUAGUAAACUUUGAACUGAUGGAAUUUUAGCUUUCCACUAAGAGAGGAAUAGAAGUCAAUUAAAUGAAAGCUUGUGUUCUUGGAUAUAUGAAUCAUUUCAUACUUAAUGCAAUAAGCUGCCAAUUAGAAUA